GCAGUUCAUUCAUUUUUAAACCAGUAAGCAUGCCUUAUGGAGCCACCAGCACCCCUCCUGCCGUCUGGACAGGCAGUUGCUCCACUUUCCUCAGCCUGUUUCUGAACUUUUCACGGCAAUAACACUAUGGACCCGCUAUGGACGGACACCGGCGCUCCGGUACGGCAUGCAAAUACGUACUGUGACGUCGGCGAUCAUGUGGCUUUUGGCGUAGAUCCUCCUUGUGAUCGCCAAUUUUUUCUUUCCUGUCGCCUGUUGUCUGCUCGGUUAUUGGACCGCCGUAAGAGUGUUUAAAACAGAUUUGGCUUAUUUCUUGCUUCAGCAGUCGCUUUGGGAUUGUACCGCACUACCUGAGCAUCGCGCCAAAACGGUGGGCAGGUAGCAUCCUGUCAUGCAGUUCCAGGAGGUGGGCCACAACUGGAGCUGACACUGUCAGCGAGCUCCGACUACACUACACCACAACAGUCCCAUCUCCACCUCCACCUCCCACUGCCCUCCUCUUGCUCCAGCCACUAAUCUUACCCCAGGGGAAGACUGUUCUUCAGGCUUCUUGGUUGCUCACUUCCAUCUGAGACAAAGUACUGUGUUCGCUACAUCUCCUAGCAUAAAAGAGAGCCCAGGCCUGUAUCUGGGUCCCAGUACGAGCCAGGCCUCCUGGCUCUUCUUCGGAACCUGAGACUGUUUAUCCACCCAUCACGCUGUGAUAGCAGUCCUUCAUCCUGGGCACCUCAGCCUCCUUUAUAUCUUCACUGGCCAAGCACAGGCACCAAGUGAGGGCAGCUGUCCACCCAGACAAACCCAGGAUCCGCCAUCAUGUCCAGUCGACGGAAGGCCUCCACUCCGUUAAUGAUCCGACCAGAGCAGACCAUGGUGGAGCUGGAUGAUGACGCAGAGGACGACAUGGAGACAACAGCAGAGAACCACACUGAGGAGAGACCUAUGGAAACGGAUGUCUCGCCAGAGCCCUCUGUGGAAUUAGACGUGAUGGGCAAGGCCUCGGACCCUCCCACGGCUCCAGACAAACCAGCAACUGAGCCCCCGGACCUUUCCAAGCCUCAGCGUAAACAGCAGGGGGGCUACGAGUGUAAAUACUGCCCCUUCUCCACACAGAACCUCAACACUUUUAAAGAACACGUUGACGCAAACCACCCCAACGUCAUCCUCAACCCCCUGUACCUGUGCGCUGUCUGUAACUUCAACACGAAGAAGUUCGACACCCUGACAGAACACAACGAGAGGUGUCACCCCGGGGAGAGCAACUUUAAGUUCAAACGCAUCAAGAUGAACAAUCAGACAAUCUUAGAACAGACAAUAGAGGGGUACAGUAACAAUGCAGUCAUUUACAACAGUUCCGGAGCCAUUUCUGGCAAAAUGGACGAACUAGGCACUCUGCCACUUAGCAAACCCACCACGGUCAAGAUUGGUAAACCAAAAAUAAUGUCGUCAGAUAACAAACGGACAGAUUUAGGUAAACUGACACCCGAUCUGGCCAAGAAACCGAUCACAGCGGUCAAUGUGAACGGGACGGUCAUCAUCCCUGAGUCGACUCUACUAAAAGCGGAAGGCCUUUCUCACAUCAUGCCUUCCUUACAGCGGCCUCUAAACUAUACUCAGGUGCCGAAGAUCGCAGUGCCCCUCAACACAACCAAAUACAACCCUUCGCUGGACGACAACCUGACACUCAUCUCUUCAUUCAACAACUUCCCCUAUCCAACGCAGGCUGAGCUCUCCUGGCUCACUGCAGCCUCCAAACAUCCAGAGGAGCAAAUCAAAGUCUGGUUCACCACACAGAGGCUCAAACAGGGCAUCAGCUGGUCACCUGAGGAGGUGGAAGAAGCCAGGAAGAAAAUGUUCAACGGUACAAUCUCCUCCAUGUCCCAGACCUUCACCGUGGUCGCGCCGCAGCUCAACUCCCAUUCAUCCAACCAGUCUGCUUCCACUGCAGUCUCCAAAGCCGUGCAGUCUGCAGCCUCGAUGCUGCAGUCCCUCCCCUGCCAGCUGCUGGGACAGACCAGCUUGGUGCUGACUCCUGUGGUCAACGGCUCCACUGUCACCUGUGCACCGCUGGCACUCACCGUGGCUAACCAGGUGGCACAGUCGCUCAAACGGCCCCUGGCCUCCCCUGUGAUCGCCACGGAGACUAAACGACCCUCCAUCAUUCAAACCAUCUCGGCGCCCUUGCCCACAUCCAAGCUGGCAUCACCCAAAGUACUGAGUUUUACAGUUGACCCCAACAAAACAGCUGAGCAGCUCUCAGUGCUGAGGUCCAGCUACACACAGUGUCCUUUCCCCGAGGAAGAUGAGAUCUACAGGCUGAUAGAGACCACUGGGCUGUCCAGAGGAGAGAUAAAGAAGUGGUUCAGUGAACAGAGGCUCCUUAAUCUCAAAGGCGUUCCUCCACCUCCAGUGCUGGUGAAAGCAGAGGUGACAUCAGUACCCAAAGAAAGUCCUGUAAAGAAAGCAGUCCCUAGCCAGUUUCCCCUGCUGGAGAGGGUGAAGGGGAAGUCAUCAGAGCAGCUGAAGGCGCUGGAGGAGAGUUUUCAGAGGAGCGGCUCUCCAACAGAGGCAGAGCUAGACCAGCUGGCCCAGGAGACCAAGCUGUCCAAGACAGAGGUGGACUGCUGGUUUUCAGAGCGCAGGGCACUGAGGGACAACAUGGAGAAGGCUUUACUCACCAUGUCCUCAAAGAACACAGAGGACAGAGCGGAGCGGCCGGGAGCUCUGCUGAACGGGGCUUCACAUCGAGAACAAGGAGGAAAACCUUUAUGCUCCUCCCCUCAUCCACCUGUCCUCUCCUCUUCCUCCUCCUCCUCUUCAUCCUCCCCUCCUGUGCUUGCAGCCUCCUCCCCUCAUCCCCCAACCCUCUCCUCCUCAGCAUCACCUCCCAUCCUCACAUCCUCCUCCUCCUCUUCUCCCCAUCCUCCCAUCCUGUCGGCCUCCACGAGCCCGGCUCCCAUCACCAGCCGCUCCCUCGGCCUGCUCAGAGAGAUUUUCUGUCAGACUCAGUGGCCGUCUCCUGAGGAGUACAGCCAGCUGGAGGUCCAAACAAGCCUGGGGCGCACCGACAUUGUCCGCUGGUUCAAGGACCACCGCUCAGCACUGAAGAAUGGUGAAACUCUGGACUGGAUGGAAAGUUUCCAAAACCAAAACGUUGUAGAAGAGCCAAAAGCAGGCCAGGAGCAGAAUGGACAGAGUUCAGAGAAAAACCAGAGCAUUGCUGUGAAAGUUGGUGCAGUGGAGGAGGCUGGUGAGAACACAGCAGCUGCUACAGAGCACUCCAAGCUGUCCGACCAAGACAAAGUCCAGUGGUUGACUGACAGAUUAGCCCGCAGUGUGACGGACCUGAGCCGGACCAGACCAGACCAGACCGGCUCUAGCACUGCUGACAAAGGGAGGUGGGUAAAGGUGACUGUGGCAGUGGGAGAGGAGAGUGAAGCAGGAGUGGAGAGACAGAGGCUGGCAACAGACACUGAAGUCCUGACCUUGGAGCAACCUGGGAGGGUCACUGGUUGAUGUAAAUCAUCGACUGCUGAGUCACCGACCACCAUGCAACGACUCAAGAUGAGCGAAUGUGAAACCAGUGAUAUGUCCGUCUGUGAUGUCAUCACAAGGCGACAGAAGACUUUGUAGUCCCGCUGUUAAAGCACUGACUGAUGUAUGGUGCAGAUGCUGACAUUAAGAGGAGUGCCAAAGCUGGACUUGAUGCAUUGUUCUUUUUUUUUUCUUUUUCUUUUUUUUUUUUAGAGAAGCACCCUUGUAAAUAUUUUUCUGUAUUACAAAAAAAGUUUGUACAGUUUUACUGGGAGGGCAAGUUUUGUUACAUUUUUUUAAAAAGUCAUGACUGGUGCCCCCAAAACCUAGAAUGUUUUGUUGUUGUUGUUGUUGUUUUAAGAUCAAAGUGUAUGAUAGUGUGUUAUUCUGAAAAUCGGUCCUAUUUUUUUGAAAAUCAUACCUGCGCACUACUCAUUAUGAGUGGUCUUUGAUGGCACUUGCAUAUAUCCCUGUGGUAGUGAUAGAUAUUUACAUGCUAGGCCACUUCAUCUCCAACUGUUGGGAAACUUUCUUUUCCUCCUGCAGCGCCACCUUGACGCAGAGAAUAACGCUGAUGAAGGUGGAAAUCAGUCAAAGGUGCUGGAGGGGCAGCGAGAAGGGGUGACAGUGUUUUGGGCGAUCUAAACACAUCACAUGACCUAGAAAUGAUAAACCACAAAGAGAGGAGAGUGUCUGUGAACGCACCGUGCUGCCUUUUCUGCUCUCUUAUCUGACAUUUGCCACAGAAGUGGGCACAGUACAGACUGGUAACGGCAAUUUUAGCCCAUUAUUUCUUUAUUUGAAAAACUUGAAAUAUUCUUGACUGAACUUUUUGAUGAAAAGUGCUUUAUGCAUGAUAAAAACAGAAGCUCCUGCAGUCUGUGAAGACACCCCUUCAGUCCUUCAGUUCAAAGCUGUAUUGGGUUUAGUUGAUUUCUGUACAGUCAGUUCACAACUCCUGAAACAGUUCAUGAUUCAUCUUCCAAAUUCCAGAGGAAUGAUCAGACGUGCUGAUUUUUCUAGAAAAAACACAUAAAACAUUGGAAUAUCAACAGCCAAAGCUGUCUUGAACUUGCAUGUGCUUCAACAAUUUUCAUUUUUAACUUGUUUUCAAAAAUGAUUUAAAGGGAUAUUUGUGAUUUAUUGGUCAAAUUGCAAGCGCUUGCAAUAAUUGUGCAGCAAGAAAAAAGUUGAGAUGAACUGUCAUUUUAUCCUGGUUUGAACAGCAGGUGUAAGACUGUUUGCUGGCUGAAUGUCUGUUGCUGCUGCUGAUGAUGCUGCUUUAGUUUCAUGUUAAGAUGAGUAUCUGGGAUACUGUACAUUCAGUUGGCUAGAAUGGAAAACUGCUUGCAUCUUUCAUUUUCUACUUUAAGUCUGCUGUAACUCAAUAAAUACACAACCAACUGAAAAACCGU